AUGAUUCGAAGGUUAAUACCACUGUUGUUGCUCGUUCUACCAAUUGCUCUUGCUGAGGAUAUCGAGGCAAAAUGCCGAAGUGCUGAGGGUGCUUCAUCAUGCGGGCAGUGCAUUAAGCAGCAUCCAGAUUGUGGCUGGUGUCGAGAUCCUCACAGCAAACUCUCAUCAAGAUGCCAAUUGAAAUCGAAAUUGACGGCCGAUGUCUGCAAUCAACAAUAUGUCUAUUCACCAGUUACAGAGAUGAAAGUUGAUCAUCGGUCAUUGCCUCUUCAACAAAUCGAUCCACGAACGAACAGCCCAGUGCAAGUGUCCCCACAGCAAGUCGAAGUGAAAAUCAAAGAAGAUGAGACGAUGAAAGUCGAGUUCAAGUUCUUCCACAAGGACUCUGGACCGGCACAAAUCAAGGACUUUCAAAUCAUGACCUCGAACUUCUCGAACACUGGCGUUGAUGUGACUUUUAUCAUCGAUUGUCACGGAAAGAAAGUUGAAGGCAAGAAAUGCGACAAGGUCCCUGAUGGAACGGUGCUUGCGGUGACUGCAGUGGUGAAAUUGACAAAAUGCUCGGACCGAGGCUCAAUCCCGAUCACAGUUGGCGCUUAUGGAGCUCGAUCGAUUGGAGCUCUCUAUGUGUCUCCACUUUGCGGUUGUGAAUGCGAGAGAUUGCAUCAAAUUGAGAAAAACUCGCCUCUUUGCUAUCAACACGGAAAUCUCAUCUGUGGCCAAUGCGAGUGUCAACCUGGACGAGGAGGACACAAUUGUGAUUGUCCAUUAUCUCUCUACGGAGUCUCAACUGAUGCCGAGUUGACAAACAAGUGUCGGGAAAAACCUGGAGCCCCAGUUUGCGGAGGACACGGCCAAUGCAAAUGUGGUCAAUGCGCUUGUGAUAAUCCAGCGACAACCGGCAAAUUCUGUUCUUGUGAUAACACGGAUUGUCCCCGAGGUGGACCCAACAAUCAGACAUGCUUCGGUCAUGGUGUUUGCGAGUGUGGAAAGUGUGAAUGCGAAGACGGAUGGACGAGAGGCGAUUGCUCGUGCACCACACAGAUGAUCACAUGCAUGGAGGGCACUCUGGUUUGCUCUGGACACGGGAAAUGUGAGUGCGGUCGCUGUGUGUGCAAUGAGGGAUUCACUGGGGCCACCUGCAAUGCUGAGGAACCCCAAGACGAAACCUCUUCACCACAAGACGACAAGCCUCUCACCCCAACAACUGCUGCACCAAAAUCAAAGGAAACAUCGGAAAUUGAAGAGAACGAUGACGCCUUCACUCAGCCUCCGCCAAUGCAACCCGAGCAAGAUAUCGAUUCGACCGAGCAACCCGAGGAGAGCUCCGAUCCCCAAUCAGCCCAUCUUCUCACCACUUUCAUCGCUCUCCUUCUCCCAAUUCUUCGAUAUUUG